GGGAGGCAGGAGAUCGAGGGGAUCGCGCGAGCAGCACGGUCACACUGGAGCGGCUGUCUAUUAAUUUAUUGAUUUAUUAACUCAUUUAAUUUUUUAUUUGUUUUUCUCUAAUCUAAUUAUUAGUUUGAAGGGGUCCGGUGUUGAAUCGUGUACCGUGCGCGCGCGCGUGUAUCGUGCGAGUAUGUGACCGCGUAUGUGUGCGCGCGCGCGAGUGUGACGGCCCCGUGCAUGCGCGUUUCGGGUGCGAUCUUCUCUUUUUUUUCCCCUCGAUGCUGAGGGAUGCAGUGCGGCUCUGCUGAGCGCGGAGGGACGAUGGUGGUGGAGAGCGAUGAGGAGCGGCCGGACAGGGACGCCGCCGCCGCCGCCGCCGCCGCCGCGGCCACGGCCGCCGCCACCGCCGCGCUGCACCAGUGCCAGCUCCUCCAGAACAUGAUCGAGAUCUCCAUCUCCAGCCUGCAGGGGCUGCGCACCAAAUGCGCCGCCACCAACGACCUCACCCAGCACGAGAUCCGCACCCUGGAGGUGAAGCUGAUGAAGUACAUCUGUAAGCAGCUGCAGUGUAAGCUGAAAGUGCCAGAGACAGACAGGCCGCAGGCUCUGAACAGCUACCCACGGCUGGGCGACUGGCUGCGCACCAUCAACCUGAGGCCUGAGCUCAUAGAGGCGGUGCCCGUGAAGUUGUCGUUGGAUGCCUUGCUGCAGAUGCCUGGAGCUCAGGUGCGAGAGACCAUGAGGAGGCUGGGCUCCAGUGCAGAGGAGUGCGCCCGGCUCAGCGCUGCCCUCUCGUGCUUAAAGAGUGCCACUGAAUCCGGUGAGUUUAAAGAGGACGGGGGUUGCUGGUUCUCAGAGCCCACCAGGCGGGACAGCGGUGGCCUGACCCCAGUAGAUCAGCUUCCCUUGCUGGGUGGACCUGUACGCCCGCACAGCCCCUCCCCCCUCGCCCGGCCCCCGGCCACGCCCUCCACUCCCCUGGGUCCCUGUCCUUACCCACGCCACAUUCUUCCUCCCGCCGAGGCCCACAUCUCUCAUGGUUACGCUGACAGCCUGACGGACCCAAGCCCCUACUAUUCAUCCCGGCCGGUCCGUCUCCAUGGCCACACCUCCACCCCGCCCAUCACCCCGCCGUCCAAGAGGAGGCAUCGCCUAAAACCCCCAUGCACGCCCCCACCGCCAUCUCGCAAAGUCCUCCACCUGCUGCCCAACAUCACCCUCACCCGCAGCAAGAGCCACGAGAGCCAGCUGGGAAACCGCAUCGAGGACCCCCCCACCAGCAAGUGUGGGAAGAAGAACAAGCUGUUUCUGAACGUCCAGAUUAACGGCAACGGCUGCGAAGAUUCACCAUCCCGCUCUCCGCUGCUGUCCGCCCGGACGCCUGGGACAGCACCCGCCACCGCCCCCUACACCCUGCCCGGCACGCCCACACUGCUGGAGGAGCACAGUGGCCUGCGGAAUAACAUCACAGUCCAUCGCAGCUCUCCCCAGGCUGUGAGGAGGGACAUCGGCCUGGCUGUUACUCACAGGUUCUCCACCAAGUCCUGGCUUUCACAGACGUGUCAAGUGUGUCAGAAGAACAUGAUCUUCGGAGUGAAGUGCAAACACUGCAGGUUAAAGUGUCACAAUAAAUGUACGAAAGAAGCUCCUUCCUGCAGAAUAUCAUUUCUCCCCAUCACAAAGAUCCGGAGGACGGAGUCUGUGCCGUCGGACAUCAACAACCCCGUGGACCGCCCGGCCGAGGCUCCGCAGUUUGGCACCUUACCAAAGGCAAUAACCAAGAAGGAUCAUCCACCUGUGCUGAACCAGCUGGACUCCAGCAGUAACCCCUCCUCCACCACCUCCUCCACCCCCUCCUCUCCCGCCCCCUUCCAGCAGAGCAACCCACCCAGCGCCACCCCACCCCCCAACCCCUCUCCCAAGGGUCACCGUGACAACCGCUUCCACUUUCCAGCUGCCUGCUACUUUCAGCAUAGACAACAGUUUAUCUUCCCUGAUGUGUCCAGUUCUAAUACUCUGCACCCAGAAGGCCUACCAGACACAGUAAAUGAGAUUGAAGCAUCAGUGGAGGAGCGGCAUGCUGAGCUGGCUGAGCAUGAGGAUGGAGAGGAGGAAGAGGAGGAUGAUGACGCAGAAGUGGAGGAGGAAGACGACCCAGUCGUAGAGGAGGAAGAUGAGGAGGAGGACGAGUGCGAAGAGGAGGAGGAGGGUGAGGAGGAAGAAGAGGAGGAGCUGCACGGCGGCUCUGAGGGUGAGUGCGAAGGGGACGAGCUGGAUGAUCUGCCGAGCGCACAUGGCGGUCAGCACUGGAAGGGCCCGAUCUCGCGCAAAGCCAGCCAGACCAGCGUGUACCUGCAGGAGUGGGACAUCCCCUUCGAGCAGCUGGACCUGGGUGAGCUGAUCGGGAAGGGCCGCUGGGGCCGGGUGCACCGGGGCCGCUGGCAUGGUGAGGUGGCCAUCCGCCUGCUGGAGAUCGACGGCAACAACCAGGACCACCUCAAGCUCUUCAAGAAGGAGGUGAUGAACUACAGGCAAACGCGGCACGAGAACGUGGUGCUGUUCAUGGGCGCAUGCAUGGCACCGCCGCACCUGGCCAUCAUCACCAGUUUCUGCAAAGGCCGAACAUUGUACUCCGUUGUGAGGGACACAAAGAACACACUGGACAUCAACAAGACGAGACAGAUUGCCCAGGAGAUUGUGAAGGGAAUGGGUUAUUUGCAUGCUAAGGGAAUCGUUCACAAGGACCUGAAAUCUAAGAAUGUCUUUCAUGACACCAACAAAGUGGUGAUUACAGACUUUGGCCUUUUUGGGAUCUCUGGAGUGGUUCAGGAAGGAAGGCGGGAGAACGAGCUGAAGCUUCCUCACGGCUGGAUUUGCUACCUGGCCCCAGAAAUUGUGCGCAAGAUGAGUCCCGGCAACAACGAGGAUCGCCUGCCGUUUUCUAACGCUGCUGAUGUCUACGCGUUUGGCACUAUUUGGUACGAGCUACAAGCAAGAGACUGGCCCAUCACUAACCAGCCAGUGGAGGCCACUAUCUGGCAAGUGGGCAGUGGAGAGGGCAUCAAGAAGGUGCUGGCAGAGAUCAGCUUGGGCAAAGAGGUGACGGAGAUCCUGUCGGCCUGCUGGUCGUACGACCCGCGAGAUCGGCCCACGUUCACUCAGCUUGCCGACAUGCUGGAGAAGCUGCCCAAGCUCAACCGCAGGCUGUCCCACCCUGGACACUUCUGGAAGUCUGCAGAGUAUGUAUCCUAGAGACAGGACAAGAUGUUGGGAUCCAUGUUGAACAUCCCACGACUGGGCUAAGCUCCAUUUACCCAAACCGGAUUCGCCCCUUUUUUGGUCCCCGUUUGGUCCUUGGUUGGUGCGUGAGAAACACACUCUGGACUGGUUGUCAGACCCUGAACUGAGAAAAUACUAGUCAUGUAAUGAAUUCUGUGGUAGCGCCAUGUUCAGGUUAAUCUGUAUCAGUGAGGCACUGAAAUGAAAAUUCUUGGCCAAAACUGAAUCCAAAAAGCAGAAAAGGUGGAUGAUAAAAGAGUUAAAAUGAUUACGGACAGCGAAGAGUUUGUCAUCCAAAGCAAUGAAUUCCGUCUCUUUCGGUUAUACUUGCACUUCGGCUCUGUCAUUUGUGAAUUUUGGUCAUUUCAAAACCUGAAGCUAUAGAUGAGGCUCACAGGGACUUUCUCUCUGCUUCGGUUUUUGCUGUGUUCUGCAAACUGAGUACGAUGUCUUGUUUUCAAGUGGUAUCAAACCUGUUAGUGGAGAAGUUCUUGGUUGUCACCCCCCCCCCCCCCCCCGGGCAUACUCUGCACGAUCAGCGAUUACAAAUUCCUAGUCUAAUAUCUCUCAAUGUCCUCAAUGUUCUGUUUUACAUUAAUCUUUACGCUUUUCAGUCAAAAUUGUCAUCCUUUGACCAUUUCUGGGGGCUGAAAUUUCAGUGCAUCCCUAAUCGGUAUCUAAAUUUGACGCAUGGCACAACUUGAAAGUUUUGUCCAAUCAACUGUUUUCAGGUCUGUAAACAAAGCACUGAAUUGUGGUCAGUCCUCACCAACGUAUAAUACAUUUCAGCUGCAUUUAAACAUUUUGAAGAAGCUAAAACUGAAAAGAAAACUUUGUAGAUUGAUGCAGUAAACAGCCAAGUCUAUGACCACUGUAACUCAAAAGUCAUGCAUUUAUGAAUUUAGACAUUUGCGAAGCAGGUUCAACAGGUUAUAAAACCUAUAAAAACUUCAGAUUUACUUAGUUUUUCUUUUUUUAUUGGAGAGUAUUUGAUAUUCGGUUAUCAAUUCACUUCCUAUUUCCCCCUUUUUACUUCUUCUACGAGCAGAAGCUCCACUAACAUUUUAACCUGUGCUUCCUCUUAAUUUGCAGAACUUGCAUUCUGUUCUGUUUUUCCGUCGAUUAACAAUCUAACCUCUGCGUCCUUUUCUUCUCUUUUGUCCGUCCUUUCUUUUCCCCUUUCUUUAGGUUGUAGCUGUCUGUGUGAAACACAAAGCAAUGCAAAACAAAGCCUGGGUCUGCCUUGCAUGCGUCCUGAAAAUCCUUAACUCUUCUGGACUAAAGAGCAAAAGCAAAAGCACUGACUCUGCCUGACACCGAUCCUGCUUCCACUGACCUGCAGCCCGAUCUUCCAACUUUAGCGUUUCUUCUUACUCUCUUGAAGGGGAGACUGCCUCGGCAGUGCAUGGAGGAGAGAGGGGGAGUGGAGUUUUGCCUCUGUUAUCCCUGAUUGUUGCUUUCAGAGUUUGCGCUGCCUGUGGACCGCGGAACAUGUUAGGGUAGUUGGGUUCUUCUUUUUAACAGCAGUCAAUCACUGUGGUCUGUGCUGCUAUUGAGAAAGAAGGGACUUUAGGUGUGUCCAAGACCCAGAACUUUGGAAUUGGAUGGAGUACUACUUUACAGCUAAAUUUUUGUGGUAGGCACAGAUAGAUAAAUAGAUGCUUUAUUGAUCCCGAAUUAAAUUUAGCAAUUAAGAAAGUAGGCUCUAUCUUGCAUAGUAAAUAUGUUAUGCCUAUAGGUGCACUUAUUAUACUGAUACUAUAUAUAAUAUACAAUAUAGUAUAUUACACUAUAUUUAUUAUUAUAUAUUAUAACACAGAAUUUAAUAUUGAUAUCAAACAUACUCACUAAGUGAUUACAUUUUGUUGCUGUUUACAAUGGUAUUCUUUCUAUUUAUAUUGAAAAUACUGACAGCAUGAAAGAGCAUCUAUUCUGGCCUGAAUUACAGCUUUAAAAUGUUAUCGAUAGCUAUGUAGUAAUUCAUAUGGCAGCUUUUUUGCAACUCAGUUAUGUACUUUUUUCACAACCACCAAAAUCUCUCACGUAAUUUCAGAAAGUGGGGUUGACAUGUCCCUCCUACCCUCCCUGUAUUUGUACCAGUGCGCAAACACCAUAUUAUAGAAUCAAAGGCAAAAUUUUGUCUAUAUUAGAUAACAUUUAGAUAACAUUAUAUAUAUACACUACUUCAAAACUUGAAGCGUAGACUUUGCGCACGCUGCCACUUUUUUGCAGUGAUGUUUUUGGCGUCUUGAUGUAAAUUAACAAUCGCAUAUUCGCAAAUUCCCUGAUCAUUCUUUGAAAUGAUGCUUUGUGUUGUUUAUAGGCUGUAUUUUAAGUGAACUUAACUUAAAGCUGCACUAUGUACGUUUUUUGUUAUUUGUUAAAAUUGAAAAAAGCUGCAUUACUGAGUCAAGAGAAAAAGACAUCAGGUUAGAUUUCGUGGGAGUUCCUUACGCAAGGGGAAGCACGACCCGCGUUACAAACUGUUCUUCCACAUGUUAUGUGCAAUUACGCCUUUUCACCAGAGAGGUCUCCAAAUCCCCAAAUCUUACAUAAUGUAGCUUCAAAUCAACAUCUUAUUGACGAAUUUGACAAAAAAUAUACAAAACAAUGAAAUCUUUGGUGUGAAAAAUGGAAAUAAAGUAUAAUUAAUGCACACCCACAAUGUAUUAUCAAGAACCGAUGUUAGAACUAAAAGUUCUUUGACCCACGCUGUGUCCGUGGUCCGCAGUCCUGGCAGCUCCCUCUCCCUCCCUCUUGCUCUCUCCUCUCUGGCUUGUGGUGUCUUGGCUGGAUCUGGACUCCUGAGAUGUAGCGUCUGCCUGGCCUCUGAAGCGCUCGGGCCGAGACGGACUCCGCCCUUGCCCCCUCACCCCCUCGCGGCUGGACGCUCAGAGCUUAUCUGCCUUUUCUUCUCUUCCUUUGUGGUCUUGGUGCAGUGCUUCUGGCUCCUCGAAUGACAUGUACUAUUGCUCUCCUCUCUCUCUCUCACUGAUUCACAUUCUCUCUCUGCACGGACUGACAUUAGAUGCUGUCUGACCUCCACGUUACUAUAUAGUACCACUCUCCAACCCUGAGGUGUCUCUUUAAUGGAGCGAGGUGGGGAACAAAAAUGCUGCGUGACCUUGAAACGUCUAACAGGAGUAGUUUGCCAAAAAAUUAGUUCUGCACAAUAGUCUACUUACCCCAAUCAGUCAAGACCAAAGUUUGGACACUGUAUAGCUAAAGACAGUAGUAGCAUCCAUCUAGAAGCUGUCCAUUUUUUUAUAGAUAAGUUUGUCACACAGUGUCGGAAAACACAGCAAGUCUGUUUGAGGUUACUUAAAGGGAUAAUCUGACCUGAAAGAUAAAUGUCCCAGAUUGCUUCCAUCCAUCGCAACAUGCUUACAUCCUACAGCAGUGCUGCAGUAGUGAAUAGAGUGGGAUUUUCCAGUAUAAAGAAUUGGAAAGAUGUAUCUUGAAGGUAGAUGGAACUGAAACACUAAAGCUGCUUUGAAGUUGGAAGUAUUUUGUUUUGUUUUUACUAGCUGGCGACCUCAGACUGAAGAUAAAUAGCUUGCAUUAAUGCUAGGUCAGGGGUCGGCAACAUGCGGCUCCGGAGCCACAUGCGGUUCUUUUACUUUAUUUAACAAUAAAUAGUCUUAAAUGCUGGCGUGAAUGUAGCCUACAACUACUAAUUUACCGACUUUUAACCUAACGGUCACCAGACUCACAAUAGCAAUGCAGACAACAAUCUCACCUAGCUAGUAGCUAACAAAACGGCAAAGAAUUAAGACGAACAUUGAUCAUUUGGACACAGAUGGACUUCUUUACAUUCAUAAGAACUCUAGCUGAUUACUUGAUACAUUUAAUCUGCAACGAAAAACUGUCAAACACUAGAAAGUUGUAACCUCAUUCGCCAGCUUCUCAUUCGAAUUUUUACGUUCCACCUUAGAUGGUGCCGCAGUUACACUCAGCCAACAAAUAAGGUGGACCGGGAAAUUGAAACUGGCGAAUGAGAAGCUGACUUUAGCCUUGUAAAAAGUUGAACCUUGAGAGAUAUUUUACAAGAAACUACUCUGCAUUUGAGGAUAACGUUUCCUGUGAGAGAUGUGAGAAAAGCAGCUUCAUUUUCAUCCAGACUUUUGUCUAGUGGCCUAGUGGCACAUACUGAGCUAUAUGUACAGCUAAGAUGUUCAAAUCAACAUAGAAUGUUGUGGCCACCAACGUGGUGUGAUUUUUGUUGAAAGGACAAAAUGGGUCUUCUAAACAUUUGGGUUGCUGACCUAGAUAAACAAAUAUCAUAUUUUUAAAAAAUUGGAAAUAUGUAACUGUGGACCACAAGUUACCUGGCUAUCUAGAUAUCUCUUUUCACGUCCAGGUAUGCUGCACUUUGCAGUAAUUGUCAUUUUGAUAAAGACAUUUUUUAUAACCAAGGCUAGAGUUGCCUUAAUGCUAGCUUGGUUAAAUGUAUUUCUUGAAAUAGAUUUAAUAGCCUACAGAUCAAGAGCUAGGCUAGCAGUCAUGAUUGGGUGGCACCACAGGGAUUCCCAGUGAUUCCAUAACAUUUGUGCAAUGCAUGAUGGGUAUUGUAGUAAAAAUGAAUUGUUGAUGAAUAAAAACACAAAAACAUUGCAACACAAAAACACUAUAAAGUCAUGAAUUCAGUCCAAAAAUGAAUCAAUUUAACGACGCAACACAGUUUGUGCAAUAAUUUAGGUAUGAAAUUCGCACAAGGCUAAUUGGUUAGCUUCCAUUUCUUGUUAGCUCCAUUAGCUUCGUAGCUCCAGUGCAAAAAUAAAGAAGCAAACUUCAGCCAACAAGCUUGUCUUGAACAGUCGUUUGGGGUAUGAAGAAAAUUGUGUACGAUUUUUUGUCAAACUAUUGCUUUAAAGAACUAAAGAAAUAAAUGCAAUGUGUGUCCAGUUCAGUGACCCCCCAUUAUGUCUCCUCUUGAAUGGCUAUUUGCUGUCUGUGUCUCUUGUAGGACUGCACUCGAGUUACAGUAAGUCUCCGAGUUAGCACGAGCCGAGCGUGACAAUGAGCCGAAGAGAAGCACGGUCGUCUUCUCAGCUUAAGUAGUUCCAGAUUUCAGAAUAUUUUUUUUCUUUCACAAGUAGAGUCAAGUGAUAAAAACAAGUAGAUCCAUCUGCACCGGUAAUGGAACGACCCGGCACAGCAGCGUCCCAUCACGAGUCCCGUAAACAUUACCUCUUGUGCGUUUGUGUGUAUCGUGCGUGCUUGUGUGUAUUGCCGUGUACGUGUGGAUGUGCGUGCGUGUGCGCGUGUACGUGUGGGUGUAACGUGUUUGAAAACGUAGGGGUUAAUUCUGUGAGCGACUGGAGUAUUUGUGGUCCGGAAAUAUUCACAACAUGUAAAAUAUACAUGUAUAAAAAUUCCGAUUUAUUUAUUGUACAGCUAAUGAACAUAAUUCUUUUAAUAUUUAUAUGAACAUUUUAUAUAUAAUGUACAUCAUGACAUUUUUGAAUAAGUAACUGCUCCCCUGUUCCAGAUGUAUAUAUAUCUUUCUAUUUUUUCAUGUACAAAGACGCUGUAAAACAUACGAAAUUGUACAUUUUUUAGAAUGGGUCAAUACAUGUUCUGUCAUGUAAAAAUUCAUAUUUUUGUAUUGCAUGUGGCCACCAUUCUGUAUACAAUACACGUUUUCUGUUUUCAUCCUGGAGAAACAAUAAAACAGAGCUUGUCAUGUG